UUGUCCUAUUUCAAGCUUCAUUUUCUCGGACUAUUAUUCUGAAAUGACAUUGAAACAUGUAGAAUGUAGAAACUGAUAUGGUAAUCUUAAUCAGGUGCACUUUGUGCUUAGCAACACUAGAUAUGCAAAUGCAUAAAAACAAUAAUACAUUUUUAUAUAUUGAUUUUUGAUAUCUUUUGUCAUUUCUGGGUUUCACUUAAAUCUAGGUAUAAAUAGUAGUAAUCAAGCCACUACCGUGACAGUGAUAUAAUUUAAACACAGCUUUCAAUUUCCUAUUUUAUUUUAUAUAGAAAUCAUUUAAAAUGUAUUCUUGUGCACAUUGUGACAGGGUUUUUAGGGCAAAUGAGCAUAUGGAGCAGCAUAUUGACGACAAACAUUAUUUUGAAUGCAAUUACUGUGAUGAUUACUUUGCAUCUAUUGAAGAAAGAGACGAUCAUGAUAGACAGGUUCAUCUAACAUUUGAGUGUCCACAUUGUGAUAGACUUUUCAGAGCAGAAGAGCAUAUGGAGCAGCAUAUUGAUGACAAACAUUAUUUUGAAUGCGAUUACUGUGACAAUUACUUCAUAUCUGCCGAAGAAAGAGAUGAUCAUGAUAGACAGGUCCAUCUAACAUUCGAGUGUCCACAUUGUGAUAGACUUUUUAGGGCAGAAGAGGAUAUGGAGCAGCAUAUUGAUGACAAACAUUAUUUUGAAUGCAAUUACUGUGAUGAUUCCUUCAUAUCUGCUGAGGAAAGAAACAUCCACGAUAGACAGGUACAUCUAACAUUUGAGUGUCCACAUUGUGAUAGACUUUUCAGGGCAAAUGAACAUAUGGAGCAGCAUAUUGAUGACAAACAUUAUUUUGAAUGUGAUUACUGUGAUGAUUACUUCAUAUCUGCCGAAGAAAGAGAUGAUCAUGAUAGACAGGUCCAUCUAACAUUCGAGUGUCCACAUUGUGAUAGACUUUUUAGGGCAGAAGAGGAUAUGGAGCAGCAUAUUGAUGACACACAUUAUUUUGAAUGUGAUUACUGUGAUGAUUCCUUCAUAUCUGCUGAGGAAAGAAACAUCCAUGAUAGACAGGUACAUCUAACAUUUGAGUGUCCACAUUGUGAUAGACUUUUCAGGGCAAAUGAACAUAUGGAGCAGCAUAUUGAUGACAAACAUUAUUUUGAAUGUGAUUACUGUGAUGAUUACUUUGCAACUGUUGAAGAAAGAGACUUUCAUGAUAGACAGGAACAUCUAAAAUUCAAGUGUCCACAUUGUGAUCGACUUUUCAGAGCAAAUGAGCAUAUGCAGCAGCAUAUGUUUUCCAAACAUUAUUAAUUAUUGAACACUAUUAAAUUCUAAAUUUUUAGCAGUUUAUAAUUUCGUUUAUUAAAUAUUUAUGUUAGUAAUGGUAGUUUUACAUAAUCUUGGGAUUUAGUUUAGUUGCGCUUUUGUUUAUUGAAAUUUACUAUUUUAGUUGGGAACAAGCCACAAACUUACUUUGAAAUUAAGUGUAUUUGAUGUUUGCAAAUCGUUAUCAAAAUACCAAUUUUGAUUUUCAGAAGUGGAAAUCAUUGAAAUCAAAACAUCGAAUAAACAAUUUUAAAGUAAAAUUAUGGCUCAUUCCCAAUUAAAAUAGUAACGUGCAUUGAGAGACCACAAGAAAAUAGCUUCAGAACAAUAUUUAUUGAAAUAUUAGUAUAUGUAUUUUAUGGUGCUAAUAAAUAAUAGUUUUUUAUCCUU